CCAAGACAUCGACAGAACCGACAACUUUUCGCUGCACUUCCCAAUCUCCACCACAUUGCAGCGCACACCAUCCGCCACCGGUCUUCACCGUCACACACACAGCGCGCAUUCACCGCAGACACACACGCAGCAACCAGCGGGCGCGCGCUUUUAAAAACACGGCCUUCGAGGCUCCGCCCUCAUUCUUCUCCCGCCGGUCAACACAACACCCACCACCACCCCUAUCAUGGCCUCCGCAGUGGUCGAUGCUGGCAGCGACCAUGCCCAGCAGCUCCAAAAUGCGAUCCAGCCGAAGCUCAUGGAGAAUGGCUGGGUCACCGAUGAGAACGACAUGACACUCGCCGAGUACGUGACAAUGAUGAUUGUUAACGGCAGAGACGCGCAAGGCGUGCAAGCAGAGCUGGGCACUGAUCUGCUGGCGAUUGGCGACGACAACCCCGAAGUCAUCGAUUUCACGAAGUGGCUCUUUGACCAAGUGCAGACAAUCACGCAGCCUCAGCAGCAGCAAGCACAGCAGACCGAGAACAAUGGCGCGCAUCAGGAACAAGCGCAACAAUCAACUUCCGGUGAUGCUAUGAUGGAGGACUCAGCAUCACCAGCGGAAGCACCACCCACAGGUCCACGAUCGAUGCGCAACGGCUCCGGUCCUCAGAGAGGGCGGGGCGGCCGCAUGCUUAACCAGCUCAAUCGCAACCUCGACCGAUCGGAGCUUCCUGAUAACCUUCGAAGGAUAAAAGGUGCAGCUGGUGUCGGGGCAGGCAGGAUCAACUCACAUUCCUCACGAGACGCAGCACCCCGAGGACCGAAACACAGUAUCGCACGCGGUGUCGGUCGAAUGCUGAACGGCGGACGUGGCGGCCCACAAAAUGGCAUGGGAAUGAUGGGCGCAGCACCUGGCGUGGACUCGCAACAGCAGAUGCAGUUCAUGCAAAUGAUGGAAAUGCAGGCGAAUAUGUUCCAGCAGAUGUUGCAAGCCAUUCCGAACGGCGGCGCUGGCCCAAAUGGCGGUCGAGGAGGCGCUCGCGGGAGAGGUACUCGUGGAGGUGCUCGUGGCGGCAGAGGUGGACAGCAACAAGCACCUACACUACACGCAGUGGAUGGCAAGAUGCCUGACGGUGCGCUACCCAGCGGGCCUCACGCUGGCGGAGCUGAUGGCAUGGAUCUGGACGGAGACGAAAAUGGCGGCGGCAAAUUCUCGAGUCCAUGCCGAUUCGAUCUCUCAUGCACAAACCCUGGUUGCGGAUUUGCGCAUCGCGGUCCAAGGACAACGUUGGAGACCGUUCCUACCCUCGACAUGACAGCCACGUGCUCCUACGCUGGCAAGUGCACAAACAAGAGUUGCACCGCUCGCCAUCCCAGCCCGGCCAGCGCGAAGCCUGGUGCUAUCCCGGUGCCAUGCAAGUUCUACCCCAACUGCCAAAACGCGCAAUGCCCUUUCACACAUCCAAAUGUGAGGCCAUGCAAAAACGGCGGAGACUGCACCACCCCUGGCUGCACUUUUGGACACAGUACGAUUGUGUGCCGGUACAACCCAUGCCUGAACCAGAACUGCCCGUACAAACACGAAGCUGGCCAGAAGCGAGGAAAAUUUGAGGAUAAAGUCUGGACGCCCGGCGACAAGGCAGAGAGAUUUGCAGACUUCAAGAAGGAAGACGGGCCUGAGGAGCUCAUCCUACCAGGUCAGACAAACGGUAACGGUGUGAAGGAAGAAUUCGGCGUUAAGCAGGAAGGCGGAGGCGAGAUGGAAGCGGACGUCGUCAGCUAGAAGCGUGGCGAUAGUGCCCGGCGAAGGUCGUUCUAAGAGUGAAAUUCUACGCAUGGUGGAUUUUGAAAAGGAGUCGAUACCAAUGAGUGGUGAUGCGGAGAGACGAAGGAAUGUCUAGAUGAAUGCUGCGUUGAAAAGAAGCAGCUCUUUGUACAUUAUUGAGUACUAUCGCCGAUAGUCUAAUGUUGACUGCGCAGUUUUUGGGCGCUGGAGAGGACAUGAGUUG